GUGACGAAAACCGUCGUAAUCUAAACAAACGCUAUUUGGAUUGUGAUCUGAGUUUGGACUUGGCGCUGUCAGCUCGGGAUUAAUGGUGGACUUUGUUUAUCCGGAAUGCAAGAAUUUGAUUGUUUUUCUCUCUCUGUGUGCGGUUUUUAAAAAAAAAAAAAUUAUUAUUUGGGGGGGUUGAAAACUUGAGCGCUCGCGCACAGCUACGUAAAUUAAUGUCAGUAUAGCCGUUAGCUCCGUAAACGCCGGUGUCCUAAUUAGCUAAACAAAGUUAAUAAUUGCCUGUUUGGUAUUUAUUUAUUAAUUUAUUUAUUAAUUAAUUAAUUUAUUUAUUUGUUAGACAUUCUGGUUAAUGUGUUGCUUGGAGUAGUUCACGUCGCGGUGACUUAUUUUUCUUGUUCAGUCGACUUCUAGACAAAAUAAAUAACUAUAACUUGUUUAAAAAAAAAAAAGAAAAGCUAGCUACCUAACUAGCUACCUGUGUUUACUUGCAGUCUGACUCCAGCUGCUUUUAUGCAAUGUACAUAAUUAUUUUGUCUCUGAGGGAACUAAAGUAAGAUGCUAGUUAGCAGAGCUGUACAUUUUCUUCGGGUUUUCGGCGUUGAGUAGAAAUCCAAGCUGUACCGAGCUCCUUCAUCCACCAAAGCAGGUGCAAGGUGGCUAAUGAAUGAAAGCUGGGUGAACUCGAGGGGCAUAAAACCUGUCCUGUUCGCGCCUGUGAGGCCAUGUCAUUUCCAGCAGCAUGCAUGUUAAUGGCAGCAGCAGCAGUGGUGAUGCCCCGAUGCCCGGCCCCUCCUGCCGCCUCCUGCCCGCGAUCACUCUGGGCAUCGCGGUGGCCGCGGUGUUCUUUCAGUCUGGCUACGGAGGACUCAGUGUAACCUCGUUUUUCCUCAAACUCUUCAUUUACAUCUCUUUCGCUCUGUGCUGCUUCCUGUUGGGCAGUUUGGGCUCGAUUAUCAAGAGUCCACCCAAGAUCAUCCCAUUUGAUCUCUUUAAGAGACAGUCGCACAAGCUGCAGGAUUUAUUCAGCAGAUUAAUGAGACGGUUUUCAGUACCGCUUCUAGACUCGGCACAGACCAGACGAGUAGUGAUGUCUCACAAUGUGGACAAAGCGUUAAAAGAAGUGUUUGACUACAGCUAUAGAGAUUACAUCCUGUCAUGGUAUGUUCCUCUGAGUCGAGAUGAGGGCCAGCUGUAUCAGAUGCUGGCCGAAGAUUUCUGGGAAAUGAUAAAACAGCUGAGGACUCGCCUUUCUGAGGUGGAUGUGGUUAAUGUAGUAUGUGACAGCAUGGUUAAGAGCCUCCAUGCCCAUUUCUGUGACCUCAAGGCCUCCAACACCAGGCAGGAAGAGUUUCCCAGGGCCUUCCAGCUUCAUCCAUGUCUGUGCAGUCCCAAGGAGGAGAUGCGUUUCCUGCGCUGCUGUUCACGCCUACUACUACUUUGCUUUCUGCCUUUGCGUGACGCUCGCUCCCACAGUCUCCGGCUCGUCCUGGUUGAGAUUAUAGCCACUAAAGUGUUAAAACCAUUGGUGGACGUGCUAAGUGAUCCAGACUACAUUAACCAAAUGCUGUUGGCUCAGCUGGAACAUCGGGAGCAAGUGAACGAGCACCAUAAGAAAGCGUACACGUAUGCACCAUCCUAUGAAGAGUUUAUCAAACUCAUCAGUAGCAGCUCUGACAUCGACUUCCUCAAACAGCUCAGGUAUCAGAUAGUUGUGGAGAUUAUUCAGGCCACCACUAUCAGCAGCAUGCCCCAGCUCAAGAAACAGAAAGACAGUAAAGGGAAGGAGACGGCUGCUAUGAAGGCAGACUUGCUACGAGCUAGGAAUAUGAAACGCUAUAUUAACCAGCUUACAGUGGCUAAGAAGCAGUGUGAGAAGAGAAUCCGGCUGCUGGGGGGUCCCAACUAUGAACAGCAGGAAGACGGGAAUCAAGACGAGGGAGAUGGGCCUCAGGGUCAGAAGAUUCUUCAGUUUGAGGAGAUCAUGUCGAACGCUGUGUUCCGGGAGCAUUUCCGUGUUUAUAUGGAGCGUGUGGAUAAGAGAGCCCUGAUCAGUUUUUGGGAGCUGGUAGAGAUGCUCAAAAGUGCCAACAAGGUGAGGAGAAAAAGUGAGGUGCCACAGCUGGUAGGUGAAAUCUACCAGAAUUUCUUUGUCGAGAGUCGGGAGAUCCCAGUGGAGAAAGCGCUGUAUAAGGAGAUCCAGCAGACUCUGGUGGGGAACAAAGGCACAGAUGUCUUUCACAAGAUCCAGAGUGACGUCUAUGAGACAAUGAAGGAGCGAUAUUACCCCUCAUUCCUAGUGAGCGACCUGUAUGAGCGCCUUAUCAAGCGGGAGGAGCAAAGAAGCAGCUCACAGUCCAGCAGUGAGGAAAAAGAUGAUGGCUGUCAGACUAUGGAAGGGGGAGAGGUGACGCUGGAUGAGGGCAGUAAAGGUAUUAACGAGCAGGCCAGCUAUGCUGCUAACAAACUCCAGCAACUCUGCGAAAGACUGGAGUACAAACGCCAAGCACUGGGCUCCAUACAGAAUGCACCCAGACCUGACAAAAAGAUUGUGUCUCUCCUGAAGGAGGAGAUUGGUGUGAUGGAGAAGGAGCACAGUGACCUGCAGCUGCAUAUCUCACGUACAGACUGGUGGUGUGAGAAUCUGGGCACGUGGAGAGCUGUGAUUAACACAGCUGAGGCUUGUGAGGAGAAUGGCGAGCAAAUGGCGUGCUAUUCAGUAGCAGUGAGUCUGUUGGAAGGAGAGGACUUGGAGAACAACAGCUGGUGUGUCACAAGGAAGCUGAGCGAGUUUCAGGCCCUGCACAGGAAGCUGACUGAGUGUUUUCCCUCUUUGAAGAAGGUCCAGCUGCCCUCGCUCAGUAAACUGCCAUUCAAGUCUGUUGACCAAAAAUUUCUUGAGAAAUCCAAAAACCAACUGAACACAUUCUUGCAGAAAAUGCUGACAGAUGAGCGUAUGUGCCAGAGUGAAGCUCUGUACGCGUUCCUCAGCCCAUCACCAGAGCACCUUAAGGUCAUCGACAUCCAGAAAAAAUCCACCUUCUCCCUUGCCUCAUUUCUGGAGAGACUGCCAGGAGACCUUUUCUCCCAUCAAGAGGAUGAGGCUGAGGAUGACAGCGAUCUCUCCGACUAUGGAGAUGAGGCGGACGGGAAGAAAGAUGUCCUUGCCGAGCCCUUCUUCAUGCUUAUUGGAGAGGUGUUUGAACUCAGGGGCAUGUUCAAGUGGGUACGGAAGACACUAAUUGCACUAGUUCAAGUCACUUUCGGAAGGACGAUAAACAAGCAGAUCAGAGACACCGUAAACUGGAUCUUCAGCGAGCAGAUGAUGGUUUACUACAUUAAUAUAUUCCGGGACACGUUCUGGCCAAAUGGAAAACUGGCACCACAUAACAAAGAUCGGUCAGAUGCCGAGUGCCGUGAGACCAAGGAGAGAGCGCAGCAGAAACUGCUGGACAACAUCCCCGAUGCACUACAGAAUCUAGUGGGGCAGCAGAACGCUCGUUACGGGAUCAUCAAGAUCUUCAAUGCACUUCAGGAAUCCAGUGCCAACAAGCAUCUUCUUUAUGUAUUGCUGGAGAUUCUCCUCAAAGAACUUUGCCCUGAGCUGAGCGAAAAGAUGGAACACGUCUGAUCUCGUGCAGAGUCACCUGUUGAAAGAAGGAUUCGGCUCAACUUCACUUAUUUUCUGUUACUUGAACAUGAUGGAAGGAAUUUUUUUUUUUUUUAAUUUAAUUUAAGAAUCGCUGUAAGAAAAUGUUUGAUUUGAUGGCGUCAUACUACAGGACCUGACGGACAUCAGUUUUCUUCACCCCCCCCCCCCCCCCCCCCCCAAUACUGAUUUCCAACACACCAGAUGUGUCAACCAACCAAGUUUGUUUCUGUUCCUUUUUUAUUGUCUGUGGGAUUUUUGUUCGACUGCAAGGUCAUAAAAUGUGAAUAGUUGUGGACUGAGUGUUGUACUUGCUUAAAAAGAGAAAAUGAAAACAUGGACCUCUUGAACCUCUAUACCUACAUUACAGUACAUGUUGUGGUCAUUUAUGAAGGCUUUUAAUUGUGCAAUGUAUCAUGUAAGGUUAUUGUGCUAGUUUCAUUUGUGAGAUUAUUAUUAUUAUUAUUAUUAUUAUAGAUUUUAUUUUUACCAGAAUAGAC